ACUGAGAAAAUGUUCCUGAAAAUUCUGCUUCUAUCCCUUCUCAUCCCAUUUUGCAUUGCCAUUGACACCGUAACUGCUAAUGAAUCACUUCCAGACAGCGGUAUUUUACUCUCCAAAGAAAGCAAUUUUGCUCUGGGUUUUUUCAGCCCUAUCAGCUCAAGGUAUAGAUAUCUUGGCAUUUGGUACAAUAAACUACUACCAGAACAAACCGUGGUGUGGGUUGCUAAUAGGGAGAAUCCAAUUAAUGAUUCCUCAGGAGCCCUCUCAAUGAGCUCAGAUGGAAACCUCGUGCUCCAUGCUAGCACUGACCAAAAUUUUCCUAUAUGGUCGACGAAUGUUUCAUUAAAAGGAAGAAAUGCUUGUAAAGCUCAGCUCCUAGAUUCAGGCAAUCUGGUGUUGGUCCAAAAUGAGAGAAUCGUUUGGCAAAGCUUCGAUUAUCCUACAGAUACAAUGCUCCCAGGUAUUAGAUUGGGACUCGACCUGAAAAAUGGCUUCAACAGGUUCUUAACGUCAUGGAGAUCAGCAGAUGACCCAGGAAUUGGAGACUUCUCCUUCAAGCUGAAUCCUACAGGCUCACCACAGUUCUUUCUGUACAAGGGCUUAAUCCCGUACUGGCGAGGCAACCCAUGGACUCCUUCUGUCUCACCAACAAUUCCCCAGUAUUUAUUCAGGCAUGGUUCAGCUGGGUGUGUAAGGAAGCAGCAACAAACGUCAAUGUGUAGAAACAGAGAGGGGUUUAUUAAGGUAGCAGGCGUGAAGCUUCCUGAUACUUCAAUAGCAUCCUCGAUGAACAAGAGCAUGAGCAGCUUUGGGUGCGAGCAAUUGUGCUUGAGGAAUUGCUCGUGCAAAGCUUUUGCAAUUUCUGAUUUUGAGAUGAAAGGGGUUUACUGCUUGACGUGGUACGGAGAGUUGAUGGACAUGACGGAGUACAGAGGGGGAAGUGACCUUUAUGUUCGUGUGGAUAAAAUUGAGCUAGCUGAGUAUGCAAAGAAGAGAAGUUUUCUCAAAAAGAAAAGGGUGUUGGCCAUUCCAGUAUUAUCUGCUGCUUUCACAAUAUUUAUCAUUGCCAUAUUUGCCUUUUUGUGGCUAAGGAAGAAGAAGAAAAUGGGAGAGAAAAGGAAAGGAUUAUUUCCUACAAUGGUGGGAAAUGAGCUUUUAGAAAAUAGGGAAUACACAGAUUUGCCAUUUUUCAACCUACGCACUGUAUCUACUGCCACUAACAAUUUUAGUCCAGCUAACAGACUCGGACGGGGUGGUUUUGGCACAGUGUACAAGGGUCAGCUGCACAAUGGGCAAGAGAUUGCUGUAAAAAGAUUAUCUCAGAGUUCAGUGCAAGGGAUUGAAGAAUUCAAAAAUGAAGUCACAUUGAUUGCAAAGCUUCAACACAGGAAUCUUGUGAAACUUCUAGGGUGUUGUAUUCAGGGAGAAGAACAAAUGUUAAUUUAUGAAUACUUGCCAAACAAAAGCUUGGACUACUUUAUUUUUGAUCAGAAAGAAAGAUCAGUCUUGUGUUGGAGUAAACGGUUUGAUAUAAUAGUUGGAAUUGCUCGUGGAAUCUUGUACCUUCACCAUGAUUCGAGAUUGAGAAUUAUCCAUAGAGAUUUAAAAACCAGCAAUGUAUUAUUAGAUGCUGAUAUGAAUCCAAAAAUUUCUGAUUUUGGCAUUGCAAGAAUAUUCAUAGGGGAUGAAGCUCAAGACCAGACUAAACGAAUUGUGGGAACAUACGGCUAUAUGGCACCAGAGUACGUGGUGUUUGGGAAAUUUUCAACAAAAUCAGAUGUCUUCAGUUUUGGGGUUAUAUUGUUGGAGAUUUUAUGUGGUAAGAAGAACAGUUCUUGUUAUAUGGAGGAUCUUUCCCUGAAUCUGAUAGGGCAUGUUUGGGAGUUAUGGAGACGAGAAAGAGCUUUGGACAUAGUUGAUUCAUGUCUGAAAGAGUCGUCUCUGCCUCUUGAAGUAAUGAGAUGCAUUCAAAUCGGGCUAUUGUGUGUGCAAGAAGAUGCAAGAGAUAGACCCACUAUGCCAAACGUUGUUCUAAUGCUAAACGGUGAAACGUUCCUUCCCAGUCCUAAACAACCAGCAUUCAUUUUCAAAAGAAAUUGCAGUGAUCCUAAUCUGUCCGAACCAGGAGUACUAAAUGGUUCUUUAAAUGACGUGACCAUCACCGAGAUCGAUGCCCGCUAGAGUUAUUUGUAGGACAAAACAUUAACAUAGCCAUGGAUUUCUGGGAUAAUGUUGUGUAUAUUGUUUCCAUGGAAUUUGAAUUGGUCUUAUAUCAAUUCUUGUUAGACGUUUUA